GGACGCAUCUGGGCGGUGUUUUAGGCCGUUGGGAGGAGGAGUCGCGUGUCGACCACCAAUGCGCGCUCACCUCACCGAUAAGCUAAUUCCACCCUUAAACUCGCGUGUUGACGUUGUGGGGCGAUUAUCUUGGCUGGCCCGAAUGAAAUAUUAUGUGUGUUGAGAAAAUAUUUCAUAACGUUGAUUUUUGCCAGUAGUUGGCUGGCGCGAGCAGGAGCAGCCCGAAAGAGCGGCUGGGUGCCUUCUCUUGCCUCCCAUUGGCCGAGGCUUGUGAUCGCUAUUAGUUCAAGCACCCACCAAUACGUUGAACCAAUCGGCCUCGUCCCCAAGACAAGCCGCCUCUCGGCCAUACACAAGCUGUUUUUAUUCGGCAAACUGUAAAAACUCUCAGGUAACGACGGAUUCGUUUUUUAGUGCUCCCGCUAGCUUGCCCAGAGACGUGUGUAGCAUGUUAACCUGCCUCUUGGCGAUCACGUGACUCGUCGGGCCUGCCGAGGCCGACCAGCGAACAACCCUUCAGGGCCACUUAUCUUCGCUCCAGACAGAACCCUUCAUGCCCCUUAUGCCAGUGCCACUUGAUAAUUCACCCGCCGAAGUGCCUAAUAGUGCCAUGAGGCAAUAUGUUUGCCAGUGAAUAAAAAGAGAGUGGGCAUGGACGACCUACGCGACAAGGUGAUUGGUCAGUUGAUAAUUAGUGGAUGGUUGUCAUUAAUUAUUGGUGAUUAAGGUGCAGCGGUCACAGUGAUAUUUUCGACGCCCGACGGACGGACGGACGCACGGACGGACGGACGGACGAACAAGCAGUCGACGAACAUGGCUAACGUGACCUACACUGGUGCCUCCUCGACGUCACCUUUAGUCGUGUCGUCAAGUGGAGGAAGCGGUGUAGGGAGUCCGUGUGAACCUCGCGAGCCACCUCCCAUUCCAGGAGGAAUGGGCGUAGGGAUGGGUGGCUACGACCUCAUGACCUACCAGCGGUUGGCGAGCGCUCUGUACGCCCAUCCACCCCAUGCCACUUUAGACCCCGCUACGCCGACUUCAAUACCACCUACCACGCCCACGCUACUUGCUGCUCAUGAUCCUCUAUUACAUGGCAACAGCUUGGAGUUAAAGGAUAGUUUAGGCGGGCUAGGAGGUGGCGCGGCGUGGGCCAUUCCCAUGUAUUAUCCUUACGACACGCUCGCUGCUUAUCCUUUUUCACAUGGGUACGGCAUGGCAUUUGAUGCCGCCCGUCGGAAGAACGCGACUCGUGAAACGACGGCGACGCUGAAGGCGUGGCUGAACGAACACAAGAAGAACCCAUAUCCCACAAAAGGAGAAAAAAUUAUGCUGGCCAUUAUUACCAAAAUGACGCUCACACAGGUCUCCACAUGGUUCGCCAACGCUCGGCGGCGGCUAAAGAAAGAGAACAAGAUGACGUGGGAACCUCGCAACAAGACCGACGAUGAUGACGAUGACGACGACGAUAAAGAUGACGAACAUGAUGAUGUGGACGUCGGCGGAGAAGUGCGGGGAAUAGAAGACGGCGUGAGCGAAGGGUCUCCCCUCCGGCCUCCUUCCCCUUCCAGCACUACGGGAGGAGGAGGAGACGCGCAGCCACAUGUUGCUCCUCCGCCAGCAUCUCCCGUCAAGCCCAGAAUUUGGUCUCUAGCCGACAUGGCCUCCUCAUCUUCGUCGCCAACAUCUCCGUCGUCCACCUUAGCCGGUGCCGUGGGCAAGAUGAGCGUCCAUCGACCACUGCACCUCGAGGCGUCACCCUAUGCCCGUCCUCUGCCCAUGGCACCCCGUCUCCCCUCUCCUCAAGAGGCCCUUCUGCAGGUAUACGCCAAGUCUCUAGGGCUGGCGCCCCACCACGCCCACUCUUUUCCGUCUCUUCCUCCGGGCCUUAACGGGCUGGGCUCUCACCUCUCUCCUCCAGGGCUGGAGGCUCCCCUGCCAGCAACUCUGGGGGCACCUCCUUACAGCACGGCACCAUUACAGCCACCCACCAUUAGCAGACCAGUGGCAACGCGCCCAAUGCCGCCCUCAUCGCCCACCUCUCUACCGCCCUUGCAUCAUACUCUACCAGGGGGAGCCAAAAUCACGCCGGCGCCGCCCCCCGCACAUCGACCAGAGGGUUAACCCGCUGCCCUUUAGCCAAGGGCCCGAGACCUCAUUUCGGGUUGUUCACUGUUAGUAAUCUUAAGUUUACGCUCUCCCAGUGCUUGGUGAAGCUUUAACUGUAGAAAUUCAGGAAUUAUUUAAGGUAGUGACGGCGGGAACCCCACUGGACUCGAACAGGAGAACCAUGACGGUGUGGGGUUUCCCUUUUAGAAAACCAUCAUUCAUUCCCUAAUGUUGCAGAACAUGUAGCCACGUGAGAAAUCAUUUUCCAUUUAUAAAGGAGUCCACCCCGCACCCACGACGAAAACAAAUAAUAAAAAAAGAGAGAGAAAGACUUACCGAUGUGUAAGUGAAUCCCGUUAGAAAAAUUACACCCAAAGAUGGACUCAUUAGGAACUAUUUUCACACGAAGGGUGGUGGUGGUGGUCACGGUGAAACCUCAUUAAGCUAAACAGCGUUUCUUUUCAUAAGUGUUUCUCUCUCUCUCUCUCUCUCUCUCUCUCUCUCUCCAGUGAUGUGUGUUUCUUCAACUCGACCUUUCUAGGGAAAUAUUAAGAAUUUCUGCGCCAGGAGCAACAGAAUAAGAACGCUAAUAUUUAUUGAUGAAUCUUUUGUUCAUUUCGCGAGUUUAUACUGAGUAAUGAAUGCAUAUACAAUUAAUGUACGAAUAAGGAUGCCAGAGGUAAAUCAGCGCCUUUUAAAUUUGGUGAGAACUUCGGAAAAAGGAAGAUCAUAUGAUAAAAACGGUGCUUAACACAAAACAGCAAGGUUACAUGUAAAUGCCCGUGAUAUAUAUAUAUAUAUAUAUAUAUAUAUAUAUAUAU